UACCCCGCCAUCGCUGGACCCCCAGCACUGGAGUAGCUGGUCAAUGCGAAAGAGCGAAAACGAUUCAUUGAUAUUCUUGUUCUUGCCGGGUGUGGGCGCAUCGGGCAAUUUUUUUGCUGACAUUUUCGCUCGUUAAUCUACUCAGGCCUGGGUGUGCUCAGCGACGAUUCUCCCGACAUGCCGCAGUUUGGCGCGACAUUCGUUCCGGGGGGUUACGAUGACUACUACAUGCCCGAGGUCAUCGCCCCGUCGCCUCAGAGGGUAAUGCCCGAGGUGCCCCAGAAUAUGCAAGACGAUAUACAACGCAUGGAACUCGAAGCUCGCGAGUCUGACUCCAACCGAUCCAGCAAGGCGACAGCCCAGAGUGAAGAGGCCAAGUCCUUCAAACCCUUCCAGACCAGCGCAGCUGACUCCACAGCCAUGGACGUCCCUUUGUUCUCCCCGUUUCCCAAGGUCAAGGGCGAGAACAUACCGCCCAGCGACGAAGAGAAGGAGCAGAUUCUCUGGCAGGCGCGGAACCUGGUGCUCCACUCCAACAAUGUGUCGAUGCAGGUGACGUGGGCGCGCGACGCGCUCAUCUGGGUCGAGAUCGCCCUGGACGCGCGGGCCAGGGAAUUUAAGCGGGAGGGCAAGGACAAGGAGCGGCCGGCGACCCCAAAGACCGAGCACGAGCUGCGCACCGACGCCGUCAACAUUCUCGACUACCUCGCCCAGCAAGACCACCCCGAGGCGACCUUUAUGAAAGGGAAAUGGCUCGAGUUUGGCAAGUUUGGGUUCCGCGAGAACAAGCGGGAGGCAUAUUCGCUGUACAAGAAGGCGGCGGAGAUGGGCUAUGGACGGGCCGAGUACAGGAUGGGCAUGCUGUACGAGAACUCGAACGACAUCCCCAACGCCAUCAAGCACUACUCGCUGGGUGUCCAACUGGGCGACUCGGCGUCCAACUAUCGAUUGGGCAUGAUGUACCUCAUGGGCCAGCACGGCCACCAAAAGGAUUUCCUGCAGGGGCUUGAGAUGAUCCAGCACGCGGCCGACACGGCGGACGAGGACGCUCCUCAAGGAGCCUACGUCUAUGGCAUGCUCAUCGCCCGGGAGCUGCCCGACAUCGCCAUUCCCGAGCACGUCCUCCCGUGCGAACUCGCAGUUGCUCGUCAGUACAUCGAGAAGGCCGCCUAUCUCAGUUUCGCCAAGGCGCAGUUGAAGAUGGGGCAGGCCUAUGAGCUCAGCCAGCUCGGGUGCGACUUUAACCCAGCAUACUCGCUCCAUUACUACGGCCUCGCUGCUCGCCAAGGCCAACCCGAGGCGUCGUUGGGCGUGAGUAGGUGGUUUCUGUUUGGUUACGAGGAUUUCUUCCCCAAGAACGAGCAGUUGGCCUUCAAGUACGCCAUGGACGCCGCCCAAGCAGGCCUCGCGACCGGCGAGUUCGCCAUGGGAUACUAUCACGAGAUUGGCAUUCACGUCCAGAAGGACAUCCGAGAGGCGCGGAAGUGGUAUGAGUUGGCGGCCGACCACGGGAACAAGGACGCAAAGGACAGGCUCGAGUCGCUCAGUCAGUCUAGGACACUGACAAAGGCCGACCACGAAACGACGACCCUCACUCGCAUCAAGUCGCAGCAUGGAUCACAGCGUGGAAAGAGACCGGACAGGUUCACAAGGCCAAACGAUGUUUUGCCAACACUGAGUGAGGGCGAUCAGACUACACCUGCCGGCGGGAUUGACUUCCCCGAUCCAUCACCAAGGCCACCCGCUUUCACUGUGAAUAUUGACAGCAGCCUCGCUAUGCGGCCCAAGUCGGCAGCGCCAUACCCUCACGACGACCAGCCCAUGCCACUCAACGUCCGACCAAAGUCUACCGCACCGUAUCCCGAACAUGAUAUGCGUGGUCCCCAUCUCAACCCAGGCGGUCGUCUCCCUAUCGGCCCAGGCCCGCAUGCAGACCGCCCUGGAAGUGCGUUUGGCAUCCGUCCAUUGUCAUCCAACAGCGGACCGCCGCCUGGCGCUGGCCGCGGCCGUCCUGUGUCGAGCCAACCCUCAGUCGGCGGUUGGGAGCCACAGGUGCCCGCCGGCUACAGGAAACCGAGCCCCGGCCCAGCCCCAGCUGCCCAGUGGCAGCCGCCGCCUCCGCAGCACGAACCCCGCUACGGAGCCGCGAGCGUCGGGCCGGGAGCGGUCCCCGCGGGGGCGAUGCCGGCCGGCGAGCCGGGACGAGCACGCCUCCAAAAGCCUAACCCCAACGCACCACCCCAAUCCCAAUACCCGAUGGGCGGCGCCGGCGGAGGCUAUCCCCAGCAAGGGCCACCACCACCAGGCGUCGGUCAACCAGGACGCGACUAUGGGGCGCCCCGUCCGGGUCCCAGCAGCCGCCCCGUCAGCGACAGCUACGGCCCAGGCGGCCCCGGCGGCGGCCCCGGCGGCGGCCCUGGCUACGACCGCUACGGCGCUGUUCCGCCCGCCGCAGGUGCAGGGGGACGCGUGCCCGUGCAUCCGGCAGCGAGUACCCCCAACCUGCGUCCUCCAGUCGUCGGUGGCGGUGGUGUUGGUCCAGGGCCAGUCGGCAGGCCGGUGUCGUCGCACAUGAUGGAGCAUCCGGGUCCUGGUCAUGCAGGAGGGAGGAUUAGCGCGCCGCCCGGAGCCGCACACCCGCACGUCAGGCCUGGUCCCGGUCCGGGCGGGCACGCGGCGUCGAGUCUCGGGCCGGCUGUUAUUGGUGGGCAACAGCGUCCUCCUCCUCAUCAUGCUGCUACUGCGCCGGGGGGGAGACCGGCAGGUGACCUGAAACAUCCGGAUGGGAAGACGAUGGGGCAGGGGCCGGCUACCUUUGAGGAGAUGGGGAUUCCGCAGGGGAAGAGCGAGGGGGAUUGCGUAAGUCACUUCUUUCCUUGCUCGUGGGUUUUGCUUGAGGGAAAGGUGUGCUAAUGUGGUGAAUGAUGCAGGUCGUGAUGUGAUUACUUCGAGGAUUCGAUUUAAACACGGCUUGGGACGGACGAACGAGUUGGGGAACUGGCGAACGCAUGAACCUAUGUGGUGGAAGGCCGAUGGGUUUGAGCCCCGUUU